AUGUCAGGACGCGGAAAGGGAGGAAAGGGUUUGGGUAAAGGAGGAGCAAAGAGGCAUAGGAAGGUGCUUCGUGACAACAUCCAGGGCAUUACGAAGCCUGCAAUUCUUAAUAAUUUUAAGAGAAAAAUGUCAGGUCGCGGAAAAGGAGGAAAGGGUUUGGGUAAAGGAGGAGCAAAGAGGCAUAGAAAGGUGCUUCGUGAUAACAUCCAGGGUAUUACGAAGCCUGCAAUUCGUCGUUUGGCUAGAAGAGGUGGUGUGAAGAGAAUCAGCGGUCUCAUCUAUGAAGAAACCCGUGGUGUUCUCAAGAUCUUCCUCGAGAACGUUAUUCGUGAUGCUGUUACCUACACUGAGCAUGCUAGAAGAAAAACCGUCACCGCCAUGGAUGUGGUUUAUGCUUUGAAGAGGCAGGGAAGGACACUUUACGGUUUCGGAGGUUGAUUCUAGUUUUCAGUCUAGGGUUUCGUAUGCACUAGCUGCGUUUAGAUGUAAAUGUUGGGUUUAUUUCAAAGAAUUAUGCAAUUGUUUUCUUGUUUCGGUUCAUUUAGUUUAGUUAUUCUUGAUCUGUUUGAACUGAUCUGGUAGUAUUAGUUGUGAUUCUUGUAUUUGGAAUUUUAUCUUAAUGAAGAAUACUCUCUUUUCUUCAA